AAGCCGCUGGCAGUAAGAUUGUCAGGUUAGAAUGCUACAGUUGCCAACUUCAAUUCAUCGUAUUGUAUUUGUCAAAAUAGAUUUCGAAGUCGAUUCAAGUGCGUAUGAUGGAAGUGGAAUUUUCAACGGUUGAUGUUGAAUCUAAGAAGAUUUGUUGCGAAAAUUCUACUGUUGUCAAGAUGUCGAAAGACGAUGAAGAUGUGCUGAGCGGUACAUCGGAUGGCGAUGUUGAAAAUAAACAGCCAGAGGGAGGGAGUGAAUCUGACAACCAACAAAACUCGUUAGGUCAGAGAAAGAAACCACGGAGAAGGGGAAGGCAUAAAGGUGGCAAACAUCAUCGUAAGUGGAAACCUUAUAACAAGUUAACAUGGUCUGAACGGAAAGAAUUAGAAGAGCGCGAGACCAUUCGGGCGACGAUGAAACGUGAAGAAGCGUUCGCGUCAGGACAUCCCGUUGCACCCUACAACACCACACAGUUCCUUAUUGACGAUCAUAUCCAAAGUGAAGUGUCCCUUGAUUUGAUUGGUAAAGAAAAUGAUGUCAAUGGUGUUGGACUUGGACGGAAUGGAAAAGAUGGUUCUUUCGGUAGUGGUGAAAGUUCCGAGGAGCCGUGUGGCAGCGGUGACGAAGAUGACAUGUUUCUUGCAAAAGAAUUCUCAGAGACUUAUGACAACAUACACGCUGAAAGAUUGCAGAUGAUGUCAAAAGAAGAACUUAUCAAAGACUAUCUUGACAUGGAGAGAAAAGUUGAGAGAUUAGAACGAUUAGCAAAAGACAUUGAUCAGCAUAACCCAAAGGGCGUCAAUCGAGAUGGGUCAACAGGGGACAGGGACAGUUCUGAUGGCCAGUCGUUGAGCAGCAGUGGAGAGGAGCCAAUCGAUCUCGUCAGUGUCAAAAAGAUAGAAGAAGAAAUAAAAAACCUGAAAGAUGAAAACAGCCACCUGAAAGCAGAAAUCGGAAGACUGAAGAAGAUAUAAGUAGUGAUGUGUUCUGUGUUUGGUCAGUUGUUUACAUCGGUCAUGAAAUCUACACCACUGGCAUUGAACAGGUGACCGAAUUCAGCAACUUGGGACUGGCUCAUUAUUACCAGAGGGGUAGCAGGUAGUAAUUGCCAAACUCUGCCUGUCAACGGUAAACUUUAUUGUUGCAUUUACCAGUCCCUCAUAUCAUCAGGUUUAUUUCAUAUAACAUAAUAUGUGUAUAAUUUACUCAUUUGAUAAGGCUUUAUACACACUACUGCCAGUUGUCGUUUUGUCCUAAAAGAGACAUAGUUGAACUGUUGUUUAAACUGACCAAAGCUCUGUGUGCGUCUAACUUGCGUUCAUGUCGAAUGAGCCGAAAAUGCAGACUCUCCGAGACAAUGUACAAGUGUUCUAUAAGAUUGACACUGAAUGCGAGAUUGCGUCCGACAUGUUGUACAUGAACCGUUCUCCUUGUCCGAUGAAUAUUGAUUGACAUCUCUAAUUUGCGAAGCAGUGGAACGGUUGUCAGAUUUAAGCUUUUAACCUGUUAAGUAACGAAAAGGGAAAGAAGUGAUUGUGCAAAUGUGCAGCAAAUGUAAUUAAAACAUUGUAUCAGCAUGUGUUGCUUCAUGCGCAUUGUGCGCUCAUUCUAAGUUCAUUUCAUAAUGAUCAUCCAUACUAGGGCAUUUUUUUCAAGAAUUCUAGAAUAAAAUGAUUAACAGCGGUCUCUAUUUGUUGAAAUGAUAUAUUCAUAUUUUUAUACAAUUUUUAUUUAGACGUUUGUGGAUCAUUUUGCCACAGUCUUUCCUUUUUCUAUAAAAUUUGGAAAAAAAAUAUAAAAAAAAAAUGUUUUAUCUUGUGAAGCCCAGUGCUUAUUCCUGUUUUAAGACAAAGUGUUAUGACGAAUAAAAUCAUUGAAAUACCGAUUGAAAAAGAAGUUUGUGAUUUUCACAACUGUCCAGCAUUGUAUUUGUGAAGUGUUCGAAAUGGUCGACAUGUCAUUCAAACAACUUGGAAAGUUUCAGCAUUAUUACGUUGUCUUUUCCAUUGUAUAAAAUAAAGUUCCGUAAGCAUGGUAAGAACAUUGUGAAUUUCUGCACCAUAUUCGAACACCGGUAAAGGAUGUAACCUACAUUCACAGUGCGGUCCUCAAAUAGUUUUGUCUGUGGAAUUGGUAGGUGUUGUUCAUUGACCAGUUUACCAUAUUGCUUACUAUUUGCAUGAUGCCGAAUGUACUGGUUAUAGAGAUCGUGACGCGAUGAAGGUCGCUGGGCUUUAGAGGUCAAAUGGUACAUCUACACGCAGAUGUUAAGGAAAUGAUUUAGAUUCCUCACAAUUUUCCAAAAUUUAUGAAUCGUAGAUGGAGUGAAUUGUGGCUAUUUUCAUCAUUUCAAUAUCCGAUGUAGUCGCCUGUACAUGAUAUUCGAUGGAGUCUUUAGGGUACUACAAUUUGUUUUGGGGAAAGAAAUUGACAGUUAGUUACUGUUGUAUGUAUUAUCAUGUUAAAGGUCAAGUUAUUGUGAUGAUUAUUUACCAACAAAAUGUGGCAAGUUUCCUUCACAUUGUAACUUAUGGUCCGCAAUGGAGAUUCCAGUUAGAAUAGGCCCCAGGGGGGAUUUAAUGGUCUGAGCCGCAGAUGACUUGGUUCAUCGCUCAUGAUAUCAAUCACUGGAUUCACAAUUGUCCUCUCCAGAUUUAACAAACUUGAGUAGUAACAGUUGACCAUCGUUUGGCUCGAAUGGUACUGAAAGCAGUGUAAAACAACAAAUUAUGUGACCAGUAAUUCAAAGGAGUCUACUAAAUUCUCUUUUGAUAGUAAUUAGUAGAUGUAGAUGCAAUAUUACGGCUACUUAACUUUACCAGUAUACCAUUCAUAUAAAGACCAGAUCAGCAUGCUGGCUGGACCAGGGUUGUCACUAUGUCGAAAUAGAUGCAAGAUUUGUCACUUAUUUGUUCAGCUAACCUUGACUUGACCUUCAAAGAUUCUAAGCAAGUUUUCUUUGAUUCUAAGCAAGUUUGCUUUGACAUUUACAUGUGAGGGUAAACCUGCAAAGUGCGCAUUCAUUUGGUUCUUCUUAUGAUCUAACCAAUAAGAUUUGACUCUAAAGCUGAGUGCAGAAGGUCUGUAUUUUGAACAGAGGCCAUGUGACAUGCUGCGAGACUAAAUAAUUGUCUUCUCUGAAUUGGAUUGGGUAAGCUGACAUUUUGUCUUUGAACAUUAGUGAACUUUUUUGAAUUCCAUCAAGGUUUGUUCGGGAAUGUGGUUCUGAAAAAAUAUUUCAAGCAUAGUACGUAAACUUUGCACAAAUGACAACAAACGGCCUAAGUGCAUUUUACUGCUUUGCUGUAUACCAUGGAUAGACAUUGUCCAGUAGUCAGUUUGUCUGAGACAGGUGAACGUUUCGAGGGACUAGUUCUUUUCAUCGAAAGUUAUUUUACAUAAAUCACCAGUUUGAAUUAAGCUGCGAACUAGCUGGGUAUGAACAAUGAUGUCUACUCUUGCAUACAUUUAGCCUGAUUUAUAGCCAAAGCCACAUGGCCAACUGUUUCAUGUGAGUUAAUAUUUUGCAUUCAUAUUCGCAUUCAUGGGUUGGGGAUAUGGGUGGCCCAGUUGGUACUGUAUUCAUUGUGUCAGGUUCCGCUGGUCCUGAGUUUGAAUUUCCAAAUCACCUUGCAGUGAUCCUAUGUCUUUCAGCCCUAGUGUAAGACAAGUAACAAUCUGGACAGACUAACUGUUUUGGCAUAAGAUCUGGUUACUUUUCAUAAACCACUAGUCUGAAAUGCAACCUUGGAAAUUCAUUUUCUUCGAUUGGUCCAGAUAACCACAUUGCACUGGUCCUCCGAGUUUGUAGCUGGUCCUGCUUGAAAAAGACCCAAAAAUAUUUACAUUUUCUGUCUGUUCGAUUUUUACAAUUUGUAGCAAAAUCGAAGCAUUGAGAACUGGUUCAGAUUUACAGCCCUCAUAUGCUACAACAGUAAUACUAGUCAACGAGGUCUACCAUAUUUUGAUUCUUACUUGCUCCCACCAUUUAAAAGUCUUGGGCUAGCGGACUAGAGCAUGAAUUUCAAAGGCUAGAUAUGACCAGUUGUGUCUACCCCUGAUGCCUGUACUCUUGGACUUUUCUCCCACAUAAGUAAUGUUUUAGAAGGUGUUGAACUGAUCUCGCUGAAACUUCAGUCAACCAACUGAUGCUGGUCAGAUUUACUGGUCAUGUAUAAGAGGUUCUACUCUUUCCUACAUUUUAUAUAUGUGUUUGUCCCCAUUUGAUUUCCUACAUACAUGUAUAUACUUCUCAAAAGGUUAAUAGAACACCGAUUGUUUCAUAUUACUUUAGUUAUCUAUAGUAACAUGAAAGAAUCGGGUGUUCUUUAACUUCUUUUGAGUAGUAUAGAACGAUGUCAGUUUGUUUGCUGUGUCAAAACAAGCAAUCGAUCAUACAAAGCUGUAAUCAAUUAGUAGUAAUUUGGGAAAUUGUCAUACGAGAUACAAGAACGAAGUAGUUUCACAAAUAAAUCAAGUCAAACAUCAUAUAAGUUAGCUUGUCUUGUGCUACAAGACAUGGAGAAUAUGGAAAUGUAAUCUUCUGUACCUUGGCUAAUAUGGCAAUAUAUUUUCUUGAGUCCGUGACCUGAGCAGUUUGAUUACAAGUUGAGGUAUAUGUUAAUAAGUUUAUAUGCAUUAUGAUAAAUAGACUGAAUUUCUUUUCCAACUAUGGUCCAUUUCAUUAUAAGUUAGUUGGAACAUGUCUAGAAUUAAAUUACCAAAUGGUUAAGUUCCAAUCUCAUUAAAAUCAGAUCUUAGUUCUCGCUACCGCUAAACAAAGAUCUGAGGACAUCCCAUUAGGGGUCACGUCAGCACGACCUUUCAUCCAACCAAUCAUAGCGUUGCUUAUCAGAUCCUGAAAGUGACAAGUCGGAAUGUGUUUUCUAAUCAUGCAAACUUGAAUUAUUUAACAUGGGGUACAGUUACGGGUUUUAUGAUUGUAUCCAUACAAUCUAGGCCAUCUGUAAGUCAUUCCAGAAUGCUGUUUUGGUCAGUUUUAAAUGUUUUAAUCAAGAAUACGUCAAAAUGUGUUUCGAAGCAUAGUCGCCAGCUUGAAACGAGUGCCGUAAAGCUCGAGAUAGCUGCCUUCUGAUUGGCAAAUGUCGAUUUCUUGUCAGUCAUUUCAUUGGUCGGUCAAUGUUCGCGAAAGGUCGUCCUGAUGUGACCCAUAAUAGGAUGUCCUCAGAUCUUUGGUUAGCGGUAGUCCAACAUGAUUAAGGAUAGGGAGAUGAACUUGGAUUCCAAUUCCUCUACAGAAAAACAUUGAAACUGUCAUAAUUUGAAUGUACACAAGCAUGAGAUAAUUGCGUGAUGGUUGUUGGCACAUUACAUGGUCAAUUUCCUUGACCUCAUUUUGUGUAAUUUAGCUUUUAAAAAGUCGAAAAUGGCAAAGGACGAGGUAUGAUAAGAACUCUUUUUGGGCCACAGGAUAUGCAUCAUUUAUGAAAUGAGGAGACCAAUUACUGAUCAUGAAAGUUCUCAGAUGUGUUCAUAUGAAUGAGAAUUAAGCUUGGCACCUUUUAACAAAUGAAUGUUUAGCACUCUUAUCACUACAUAGGAAAGGCAGAAAUUGGUCAAAGGCUCAUAACAGGUUUUCAGGUUUCAGGAAGUGAUUUUAGCUCACCUGAGUUAAUAACACGAGCAUGGGUCAUGGACUUACUCAUACUAAGAUUUAUCGUUAGGGAGGUUUCUCGGCAAGAUGAAUCAAACAGAUAACGGUAUCCGUUGGAGUCAUACCGAUACAUAUGUAAAUAUAAAAGGUCAGGGAGGGGCAAAGAAACAAUGCUGCCCUUGUCUAUCUCCAACUGAGUCAGAAUUAACCAUCUGUGAUAUGGACAGAUUACUGGGGUAGUAAUUGUUAACAAAAUCUUAAGAUCACUAAAUAAAAUGUUGAUUCCUAAUACAGGCUUUUUACCAUCCAAAACAUACACGCGUGAUAUCCUCUAUCAUUCAUUUUAGCCAAAGGUAUGUAUUUGAUCAUGACAGAAGUAAAGUUUAGAGUGUAGAAAAGAAAUCUGAUAGUAGUCAUCUGGUUGGAUAUUCAAUGUACACUUAGCAGCACCAUGAACAUGAAACAGGUUUUUUUAAAAUUUGACCUGUUGCCGGUGAUAUUUUUGACAAAUGCACAAAGAUUAUUGGUAUCAGAUUGUUUAUGUGUAUUUUUAUAAGUCCUACCACAUCUAAUGUUGGUGCUGUUUAUCAAAGGUCAAGGUCAUCUUUGAGGUUAUUGUGAAACAUAAUUUUUUUCCAGCUACUGUACUUACACUUGUACUAUCCUGAGAUUUGGGUAAUUGUUGGAUCUUAAGAAUUUGUCUUCAUGAAGUCUAAAUCCUGGAAGUAAUAUUUUUGAACCGGAAGUGUAUGUAAGUACAUUAAGACUUUAAGCUUUAAAGGAAAUGGCGAGGCUGCUUGUGUUUAUGCAAAUACAUGCAAACACUUCUAUUUGUCAUAACAGUAUUUGCAAGUGUUCCACCAGUACCCGGUGAUAGAUUUCCGAAAUUUUGUCCAUUUGGGAAAUCAAUAUUCAAUACAAGUGACAACAUGGUGGAAAAUACCAUGCAUAGUGUUCUGUCAGAUGAGUGGUGUACGUUAUGUGAAGAAUAUACUCGAUAUAGCAUGGAAACGGUGAUGCUGAAGCAAAUAUAACCUUUUCUAUUAGCUGUUUAUGAGGGGAAGUAUUUGAGUCUUUGAACACCAAUAUUCGGGGUGAAGGACAGAGCCCUGACCUUUCAGACUCUAUUUUAAGAAAAGACCGCCUCCGUGGUCUAGUGGUAGAUCAAUUGCCCAGAGAGAAGAAGGUCUGAGGUUCGAUCCCAGGCUGUGUCAUACCAAAAGACUUUAAAAGAUGGUACUUGUUACCCUGUCUGGCGCUUGGCAUAAGGGGCUAAAACAAGGACUGGUCGGCUCAGAGUCAGUAUACUGUGUCUGAGUGGGGUAUUCAUGUUAGUCUGCAGCAUGGUAACUCAGUGGGCUAGCACUAUAAAUCGGCAUCAGUCCGGACUAGUACAAGCAGCCACGCACGCCAUCAAGUUUACUUUUGUUUAAUUUAUGCCAGCAUCAUGCCAUCAGAUAUCGCGAUCCCCAUGUGUCAGUCCAUCCAUCUCCCUCCCUACCAUCUUCAUACAACUUCCUAUACUUCAUGUUGCCCUGAACCAAUAUAUUUAAGGAUGGCCUAAUGAAUGUACACUUCCAAAAGUACAGAAUGGCCACAAGUGAGUUCCCACCAUGUUGAAUGAUAUGGAAUAAGCACUGGCUUCCAUGAAUUGUUAUAUGAUAUAUGCCAAAUAUUUCCUUGUUACUUCUGUGUUUUGUUACACUUUAUAUUUUCAAUAAAAUGGCAUUUCUU